CUGACAAUAUUCUGACUGGCUGAUGCCACAAAGGCACAAUGACUCAAGCAGCUUUCAGGUGUGGUCAAUGAUUAACAAAACCCAACGAAUAGGCAACCGUUUAACAACACUAUACCGGCUCUGAACUGAACAACUUAAGUGAAACAAAAUCUGUCACGAAGCAAACUUUGGGCACUUUGCUUUUAUCGAUCCGAUAUAUCACAAUUGGAACGCGUGCCAGGUCAAAUGAAGAAUCCCGAAUAGCUAAUAAAUUACAAAUUGAAGAUUAUUCAACUCUGGGGAAUCAAUCAAAAUGGAAACUGACAAAAGUGAAAUCAGGACAAGGGGACAUGGCGUAGCUCUGAGUGUAUGCGAAAUAGUUGUCCUUGCUUGCAAGACUGAGCGCUACAACAUUCCUGUCAGGAAGCUUUGCCCGAGGGUCUGCCCCGACACGGGGGAAAUGCUUCACUACCCGUAAAACAUCAGCAUGCAAGCAACAACACGCCGCGAGAAACGUGUUGGAUUCUUUCACCAAAGUUUACGUCAGACUCGCAGGAUUGCAACUCAGAAUAAUGACAACGCCCCAUUCGACUGAGUGGAAUAUGGAAUUAUUCCUAUCAAAGAGGAACAGAAGUCGUUUUAACCUAUUCAGAGGUAAUGAAACAAAAGAUCAUUGGCAAAGGGCUAAAAACUAUAGAGACUUUUUUUUAAAAUUAAACAAAAAAACAACAACAACAUUUUCAAAACCCUGCCACUAGUUGGUGUCUCAUGAUGACAUCAUUGUGUCACUCCUUCUGGUCUGUACACUGCACGUUAGUCACAAGGGGGCGGUGUAAAACAGACAUUGAUCCACGUUGGCAGACGGUCACCACGACUAAGGUGCAAUAAGAGUUGCUUUUCAUCGAGGAUAAUGUAUUGAUCCCUGUGAGCAUAUUGUUAAAUUGUCUGUCGUCAUGUGUUGCGCCUCCAUUUGGAUUCGAAUACGCACGCUUGACGUUUACUUUGAUUGCAAUAAAAAGCUUUUUGAAGAACCGUUAUUUGCCAAACGGCUGCCUGUUGUGAAGCAAGUUGCGCUAGCGCAUCUCGUGUUUCAGUUUUUUUUGCAGACGAGUCAAAGCAAAAACACGGCUCAGCAAUGGCUUCGUUGUUUUGAGUACAUUUGUUGGGGUUGGCAUUCUUUGACAAUGUGCAAAAAAUACAUAGUGCUGCUAUUUUUUUUUUUUAAAUCUAGUUUUGUCAAAAGAAGAUGAUGCAUAUAAUCAGGUUAACAACUAUUUCAUCAAGUGUAAAGACAUCUUAAACAUAUGCUGUACACAAAUGUACAUUACAGUAUUUUCAUAACCAUUAGUACCUAUUUUUGAUUCAAAGUAGCACUUACUUGAGAGCAACUCAGUUGGUGCACAAAUUAAGUUAAUGGUUAACCACACUUAGUUUUUAACAAGCAGCCAUAAACGGGCGUCCUCCAUUUGCAUUUCAUUUUGAAUGUUGGUCACAGUUUCGUUGGAAACGAUAGCAUGUCAAUAUGAGGUCGACCUCAAACAAUGUGAUUGGUCGCCUACUCAAGGUUCAGGUGACCAAAAUGUAACGCGAAAAAAACAAUGUCAGGCUUGAGGGAGAAGAGAGAGAACAUGCCAGCAUGGAUGUGUUGUGCUACAACAUCCUAACUGCCUCGUGCUGCUGAUCACCAGCUGUGAAGAAAAAUGACGUUGGUAUCGUGUCAAACAUGCUGAAACAGACGUCGGGGUUUACGGCAUCUCGAGUCAUGGAGGUGUGGAACGUAACUGAGCCAUCGCCGUCUGCCAAUCAAAGCGCAUCUUGGUUCAGCUGCACCGUAGACACCAGCUACCGCUUCAUGUUCUACCAAGUGACCUACAGCAUCAUCUUCCUACUGGGCUUGGCCACUAACAGCCUGGCUCUGCGCAGACUGUGCGGCGGCUCUCGCUGCGCCAUGAACAGCACGGCCAUCUACUUGGUCAACCUCUCGACAGCUGACUUGUUUUUCAUCGUCUCGCUGCCGCUACGAAUUUACUAUUACCGUCAAAAGGCCCGCGCUCUGUCCUCAAAGCUGGAAGAUGCUUGGAGUCCUGGUGCGGCAUACUGCCAGUUCACUUUCACACUCAAAUACAUCAGCCUUUAUGGGGGCAUUUUCUUCCUGGUGUGCAUUGCUGUCGACCGCUACUUGGCUGUUGUGCGUCCGUUUGCGUCAUCACGACGCAGGGAGCGCAACGCGCGGCUCUUGAGUGGGGCGAUUUGGUUUUUGGUGAUGGGGCUUAGUGUGAGUCUGCCUGCGUUGCGCUAUGCGGCGGCCCGCCGGGACCAGCCCUGCUUGCUGGACCCAACGUCACAGCGCCACCGCAGAAUCAUACUAACAGCCCUGGGUGUGGUGAUGACCUCGUUUCUGCUGCCCACAGCCAUCCUCCUCUACAGCUAUUGCCGGCUGCUGAGUACUCUGCGGCAGGCAAGACGCAGCCCCCGCCGUGGUCGCCGAUACACUCUCACCCUUAUUUACUGGGUGCUGGGGGUCUUCAUGAUCUGUUUUAUCCCCUAUCACGUCAAUUUGCUGGGCUACACGCUUACACACGUGGGGGUGCUACCCAGCUGCGGCCUAGCCAAGGUGACAAAGGUAGCGCACCCGGUGGUGUUGUCAGUGGCCAGCUUCAACUGCUGCCUGAACCCGCUCAUCUAUUACUUCUCCAGUCGCUUUCUAUGCAGGGAGGUUCCUGGCGGAAGAAGCAGCAGGAGCCACUGAUAUGGGAAAAGCACAUUUCACUUUGACUAGUUCUGUCUCGACCUCUAUCAAUGACACCACUUCAAUGCCGGAACCACUUUGUCCACUGCCUCAGAUGCAUCAACUAUAGUUACUCAACGAGAGUAAAAUUUUCACAUUUAUAUUACUGAUAAAUGGGCUGACGUGUUGAGCAGCCCUUUGUCAGCAACAAAUAAUAUUCAAGAAUGAAAAAAAUAAAGAAGCACAUUUAUCGAUUGCCCAUGCGAGAGUAGCUGAAACAGGAAUAGGAUCGCUAA